GCGGGACUUAAUUUCCUUAUUUGGAAACGGUGAACUUUGACCCUAACAGUCGCCAUUUUUGAGAUUUUCGUGUAUGUUCAAUUCUCAGUAGUUUUCGCCGAUUAUUGCAUAUUCCCGUCAUAAGAACAGGGAAAGGUUACAGCCGGAAAUAAGGGGUUUGAUAUGAAUGGGGUUGGAUCUCCUGAAGAAAGAAGAAGCUCUGGUCACUCGCAGAUCUGUUGUUUAAUUGACUGCUCCUAUCGUUGUAAUAGACCUGCUGGCAACGCUAGUUACAGCAAGCGGAUACAGAAGACUGUCCAACAACGUAGACUUAAGCUUACCAGAGACGAUAGUGUGAACCACAUCUACAUUUGUGACUACCACAAGAACAUGAUACAGAACGCGAGAAUGAAGAGGAAGAGGCGGGACAGCGAUGAUAAUGAUGGAUCGCCAGAUGCAGAUGAGGAUAUUCCUGAGAUUGACUUUUUCCAAAUGCCGGUGAACACUUUGCGGAGAUACAAGCGACAUUACAAGUUGCCAGCAAGACCAGGAAUGAAUAAAGCACAAUUGUCAGAUACUGUUGCCCGGCACUUCAAGUCCAUACCAGUGGUGGAAAAGGAGGCCCUUACAUACUUUAUUUAUAUGGCUAAGAACUUUAAAAGCAGAUUUGACCAAAAAUACAGCCUUGACAUUAACAAUUAGCAGGCCACUGACUCGUAAAAUGCUUGAUAUCAUUGCUUACUUCUUUCUUGUGCAAUUGAAGGGAAUCAUGUGAUGUAAUUGUGAAGUUGAAAGUCCAGUGAAUUUUAUUGGAUAUUGAAGUGAUAUGUUUUGUAAUGAUAUUUCUGUUGGUUCUUGAUUGACCUUAUUGAAGUAAGCAUUAUAUUAUUAAUCAGAAUCUUUGCAUUCCUGUAAGAACAGUUGAUUGAAUGAACAUGAUUUUUGUUCAGCACAAUUUGUAAAUGUUUGGAAUUGUUUGGGGUUUUUUAAACCGUGUAACGUGUAUAUUUUUAUUUAAUUUAUUAAAACAACUUGACAAUGAGGUAUUAAUAUUUGAUUUUUCAAGUCCUGAUCCAUCAUCGUAAGUUGAACUUAAUGAUGAUGAUAAUGAUUUUUUAAAUGGAUUAUAAAAUUCUUCAGUAUCACCAAACAUUUUUUCAAUAAAUGUCAAGAACUGUAUCGUUAAAAUCACCUUAGGGGCCGACUCAAAGAUUUUGUUAGGGAACAUUAUUUUAAAUUUUUGUUCAAAGUGAGUAAUAUUUUUAACUUUUAGGAACGAAAACAAACAGCAACUGGCAAACACCCAGUCAAACAGAAUUUUGUUAAUCCGAGUUUUAUCAAUAGCGCUACAUAGGCUUAAAAGCACAUUUUUUUAUAAUAAUUAUUAACUAGAAAGUUUUCAUUUGAACGUUUGGCGAUGUAAUACCAUUGUAACGACCAUUUUGUUACAUUUUACAGAAAUCAUAUGUUUUAUGUCUAACCCUAUCAAACUUGAAAAAGCUUUUUUAAUAUGCUUCAUGUUUAAAACAUUAACAAGCAUGUUAUGUAUUGAAUAUACAUGUAAGAAGGGGUUUUCAAAAGUUUGAAAGUGAUCAUUAGCCCAAAAUGUUAAACAUUUGCACAAACAUUCAUGUAAGACGUGUAGAAUGGUUUAGAAGUUUUGUUGCAAGUAUUGAUAUGGUUGCUUAUAUUGUAAUUAUGGUAUUGUUUAAUGCUGGCAUAAAAUAAAGUGUUUUUUCCAUU